AUGUUCCAAGCGCCCUUGAUCCAGGGCUCCAUCCUGAAAAAGGACCCAGAGGUGCUUAAGGAUCUCAUCAAUGAGGACUGCUGGGAUCUCAGCUUGAGCAGCGUGAAUCUGCAGAGCAUGGACUCGUCCCACGUGUCUGUGGUGCAGCUCACCCUGCACUCAGAGGGCUUCGACACCUACCGCUGCGACUGCAACCUGGCCAUGGGUGUGAACCUCACCAGCAUGUCCAAAAUACUAAAAUGUGCUGGCAACGAAGACAUCAUUACCCUAAGGCCUGAAGAUAAUGCGGACACAUUGGCACUAGUAUUCAAAGCUCCAAAUCAAGAAAUAGUUUCAGACUAUGAAAUGAAGUUAAUGGAUUGAGAUGUUGAACAACAUGGAAUUCCAGAACAAGAGCAUAGCUGUGUGGUAAAGAUGACUUCUGGUGAAUUUGCACGUGUAUGCCGAGAUUUCAGUCAAAUCGGAGAUGCUGUUGUAAUUUCCUGUGCAAAAGACGGAGAAAAGUUUUCGGGAAGUGGGGAACUUGGAAAUGGAAAUAUUAAGUUGUCACAAACAAGUAAUGUUGAUAAAGAAGAGGAAGCUGUUACCAUAGAGAUGAAUGAGCCUGUUCAGCUAACUUUUGCACUGGGGUAUCCAAACUUCUUUACAAAAGCUACUCCACUCUCUCCUACUGUAACACUCAGUAUGUCUGCAGAUGUACCCCUUGUUGUAGAGUAUAAAAUUGCUGAUAUGGGACAUUUAAAGUACUAUCUGGCUCCCAAGAUUGAGGAUGAAGAAGGAUCUUAGGCAGUUUCAAAGUCUGAGAAAAUAAAACUAAGCUCUUUGAGAACU